AUGUCAUUCGUAAUGUCUCUCUCAAAAUUUACAUCAUUAAACCAAAUACCAAAACCUAAUGAUAAAAAUAUUCAAAUCGUCGAACAAGAUAAUUUAUUUGAUAUGGCUUGUAUUACAUAUAAUAUGUCAAUGACAAAUGAGAGAAAUGCAGAAAAAGAAAAAGAACUUCGUGAAUGUGCUCAUCGAGAUGGAAUUCAAUUAUUAUCAAAUAAAUAUGAUGUUUUCUAUUUUGGUUACAAUCCUCCAUAUACAAUUCCUCAUUUUAGACGAAAUGAAAUUUGUAUUCCAAUAAUUAGUCAACAAUAA